AGGCUAAGUCGCGGGGUUUACCUACAGAGGAAAUUGAAAUCAAGUUAGUCGGUUCUUCUAACCUUUACACAGACUAGUCUCUCCUGACACUUUCGUUGUGAUUGUUGUUGCGGGCUGUUUCUUGCCAUUUUAAUAACUUUACAGCGAUCUUCGAGAAUGAUGCAAACUGUAAAAAACGUCCGACACUUGGUGACAUCAACUAAACACGCCGUUUCAGAGCUCACAGUGCCAGUCCCAUGGGGCCAGAUCAGAGGCAAGGUCUGGGGUCCAGACCACGGCCGUCGUGUGGUCUGUCUGCACGGCUGGGCUGACAACUGUGGGACUUUCGACACACUCCUCCCCCUACUACCUCAAGAUUAUAAAUAUGUGGCGUUUGACUUGCCCGGUCAUGGUCAGUCAUCCCAUCGCCCUCCUGGAGUCCCGUACUAUUUUCAAUCAUAUGUGGCUGAUCUCUAUCGACUUGUUAAAGCUCUGCAGUGGGAGAAAUUCUCCAUUAUUGGCCACAGUAUGGGGGGCAACAUAGGUGGAAUGUUCAGUGCACUGUAUCCUGAAAUGGUAGAUGCAUUAGUUCUGCUAGAUUCAUACGGAUUCUUACCUACAGAUGUGAAAGAGAUGCCCGAAGUGAUGAGGCAGGGAAUGGAAGAGCUGCUGAAGUAUGAAAACAGAGAGGAGAGAGUAUACACAAAAGACCAGGCAUUUCAGAGGUUACAAGCUGGAAACCCCACUCUCUCCGAACAGUCAGCCCGCAUCCUUUUAGAACGAGGCACCAGACAAGUAGAAGGAGGUAAACCUCGAUACUUAUUAUGUUGUCCUUUAUGCUCUUUCUCAUCAAUCAUUUCAUCCUUUUCUUUUUCUUGUACAGGGCUUGUGUUCUCUCGUGACUUCCGGAUUAAUCUGAAGAACAUAAUGCGUUUUAGCACGGAGCAAUGUCUGGAGCUACAGUCCAGGAUAACGACCCGGGUCUUAGUGCUUCUGGCUGAGGAGGGCUUUGAGAAGAGGUUUGCUGAAUCAUACCAAGCCAAGUUAAUUUCCAAUAUUCUCCAGGGUUACAGGGAGCCCAAUGGAGUUGUGGUGACUCUACCAGGGGAUCAUCACGUCCACCUGAAUCACCCAGAGAGCGUCGCUCCUUUCAUUACUGACUUCCUGCAGAGCAACGGCCCCUCCAACUUAACAAGCUCUGCAGAAGACCCUGAACCAGCCAAGCUAUAAACACACAAACCAGCUAACACUAACGCCAUUCACCACUUCACCGUUCAUGCCUAGUGCCAGAUGUACCCACCGGCCUGCCACAUUCACAUCUUCCCAAACAUUUUCCCAUCCGCACACUUUUUCCAGUUUGGCUAGUCUGGAACUGCUGUGGCCUAGCCACCCAAAGCCCAUAGGACACGCCUGUCGUGCUAUAGUUAUUACAUUUAAGAACUGCAAAAGAGAAGGAUGAUCAUGUGCGGUGACAUUUUGGAAGAGCGUUGGAGCGGCCAGUGACCAGCGGGGCCCGUUUGGGCAGAUGCUUUGGAAGUAGUGUGGCCGUUGCCAGGCGGCUGUGUGCGUUACACGACUUGUUGCCAUAGUAACCAUCCAGCACAUAUCUUUACACUGUGACUAACAGCCAUACUGACAAUGAUGUAAUUGUAUUGAUUGAUGUCAACUUAUCAACCCUCUCUGGCAGUUGCUUGAUUUAAUUUCCUUGAACAAAUUUAAACAUUUAGUAUUUUCCAUGCCUUUGGGUGUGACGGAUAAAUUCAUAUUAAUAUAUUUAAUCAAAGAUAUAAGGUUAAUGAUAUGAGUUUACAUUCCACAGGUCAUUAUUUUAAUUGCUUGUGCAGGGGGAAAAAAAAUGUAAUCAUCAAGUGACGAUGUAUCGGGACAGAACAGAAAGCACAUUCAUUUAUUUAUUUUUAAAAAUCCUAUGAUAAUGAAUAUUAUUGUGAUUCUGUUCCUGCUGUGUCUCGGAUAAAUAUGUUUAACGUAAAAAGUGAAAAUAUAUGUCUGGCCAAACGUUUACAACUUCUAUUAACAUUAUCUUUUAUUAAAAUAUUCAACAAAUUAGACUACAUCUUUUCAUCAGAAAUUCUGCAUUUAUUUACAGUUUCAAUACGGAAGAUUUCCACUAGUUGGUAGCUUAAAAUGACCUAUGCUUAUCAAUAAUUAUUUAAAUAAUGUUAUCAAUAAAACAUCUUAUAACGUGUAUUAUAAAAAUAAAAAAUUCCGGCUAACCUGUA